ACGAAUGACCACGAAGUCACAGAGACAUACAGACAUAUACAUACAUUGUCUCUCUCUCUCUCUCUCUCUCUCUCUCUUGCCCGCCGUGAACGUCUUGCGCUCGGUUCUUGAGCUCGUUCUUGAGAGCUGAACGGAGACGAUGGGCGAGGAAUCGUUCAUAUACAGCUUCGUGGCGAGAGGGACGAUGAUCUUGGCGGAGUACACGGAGUUCACGGGCAACUUCCCGGCCAUAGCCGCUCAGUGCCUCCAGAAACUCCCUUCCUCCAACAACAAGUUCACCUACUCCUGCGAUCACCACACCUUCAAUUUCCUCCUCGAAGAUGGCUACGCUUAUUGUGUUGUCGCCAAAGAAUCAGUGGCCAAGCAAAUCUCCAUUGCAUUUUUGGAGCGUGUAAAAGUUGACUUUAAGAAAAGAUAUGGUGGCGGCAAAGCAGAUACAGCUGUUGCCAAAAGUCUGAAUAAGGAGUUCGGGCCAAUUAUGAAGGAGCACAUGAAGUACAUUAUUGAACAUGCUGAAGAGAUUGAUAAGCUCAUAAAAGUGAAGGCUCAAGUUUCAGAAGUUAAAAGCAUAAUGCUGGAGAAUAUUGACAAGGCGAUCGAUAGAGGGGAGAACCUGACCAUUCUAGCCGACAAAACAGAGAAUCUGCGUGAUCAGGCUCAAGCAUACAAGAAACAAGGGACACAAAUCCGGCGAAAGAUGUGGUACCAGAACAUGAAAAUCAAGCUGGUCGUGUUUGGUAUCUUAUUAUUUCUGAUCCUUGUAAUUUGGCUUUCAAUUUGUCAUGGAUUUGAUUGCUCCAACUAGUAUAUUAUCAUCACAUGGAGAAAGGUUCAGCUUCAAUUAGAGAGAGAAGAGAGAGAGAGAUCUUGUAACUAUACUGGCGGUGAAAUGUAUCAUUUGUUGUUACUUGGGACUGACAUAUGCGGUAAUGUGCAAGUCAUCAUGUUCUUAUGGCC